AUGGCGUUCUUCCUCAUCUGUCCCCGUUUCAGAAAAUACUGGAAAGGCUCAGACUCGGACACAAGACACUCUUACAAAUUAGAUCCGGCUAAACCGUCACCAGAUGGCAAUCUAGAUGGGCAUUCCAAAGACAGAGAAGAUGUCGCACGCCCUGGUCAUCCCAGACGCUCCUCCGGUGGCUUGCCCGAUAGACUUCGUAGACGUUUUUCCCGACAAGCCAGAGACCAGCGUGUAAAGCCAAAGAAUGAUCGCAGAAAGUCUGGCUCCCCUGCCUUUCCAUUCUCUUCUAGAUUUGCCAGUCCUAGGGAAAGAGUAGCCACUCCAGAUGAAAUUGGGAGCAGCUUCAUGAGUGAAAGAGGAUAUGACAGCGACGCGCAGUUUAUAAGCACUCCCAAGCAGGUUAGCCACACCAGAGACCAUCCUUCUAAUCCACGCAUCCUUGAGGAUGCUGCUGUCUCUCCUUUGAGGCGCGAGAUGGCCCAGGGAAUGCCAUAUGUGCAAGCCCAUGGUCAAGACCUCGAAGACCUGGAGAGUGCACCAUGUGCGGACCCUACUCUAAGGGAAGAAUCGCAAUCUGCUCUCCGUUCGAAAAGCCAGGCGUCUUGCAUGACCCAAUCUUCCCAGGUCUCCUCCGUCUUCCGUGGCACAGAUGAUGGGAGCCGUCGAGUCAGGGUUGCAAGGCCUCAAAGAGGCAUGGCGGGCAGUCCAGUUCAAGGCAAGAUAAGAAAUGGACUUGCGUAUCCAAAACAACCAGGAUACCGGCCUCCCCUUCGAGCGGCUUCGCCUGAUCCUGGUAUACAUGGCUCGGGUUAUUCGAGUCCAGUAUCUCCUGUGCCAUUCUCGUAUACCACUUCUGCCGACUCUUUGGUUGGGCCAUCGCAGAUCUCGGUCAGGAAACGACGCCGGCAACCCGCCGUGGGCCCUAUACCAGACAAAUGCUCUGUUCAUCUUGGUAACUCAAAUCUCCCGACGACCUUGGCGGCCCGCUCAACGUCUCCUCAUAUGCUCUCUCCGAAACAAUCAUUCGAUGAAAACCGGUGGACCAACAAUACCGGGACGUGGAACGCACCCCAGCCCUUUCACGACUUCUCUGGGUUUGGAGCAGGAAAAGCACCAGAUACUUACGCAACAGGGCCAAGACCUAGAGGUCCGGUGAACCAGGCGUCCUCGUGCUAUUCUCAGAAGACCAGCCCGUCACCUACAGGUGAUCCGGUCGGCUCUAUAGAUAGACGGAUCCAGGAUCAGGCUAUCACUAUACAACCUCAAGAACCCAAUGCUUCUUUUAGUUAUUCCCCUCGAUCAUUGAAGUCGUCCCUGGUGAAUGCUCAUUAUGCUCCCAUUGCAGACCAUGAUGCGGAUAAAGCUGAAGCACAGAAAAGCAGGUUUGCCGAGGGAUUCGAGUCAGCCCGGUCAAUCAGCUCUCCUGCACAUGGCCAUAAUGACGCGGAUGCGGACCUUGCAUCGCCUCGCAAGGUGAGCGUUGGAUGGAUGUCGGGAGGCCGGCGACUUGGAUACGGAUACGCUCUGGUUCCUGCAAAUGACGGAGCCGAUGAACCUCCAAAAAGUCUCAAUCACAUUGGUUCCAGUGUUCCAGAAGCGACAGCUGUAGGUGUGAAUCUUCGAAGUGGAUUAUCAAGGUCCUUUGAGAAGGAGACUAUAGGACACAACAAGAAAACGUCCCCUAGAGCCGGUAAUCCCAGCUUCGAGCUAUCGAGCGUUGUGAGUCGCAUACGUCUUCGCAGCUUCUCUAGCGCGUUUAACGAAGGCUUGGGUGAACAGCUCAAAUCCUCAGUGCUAGAGAAAUUCUCCAAGCGAAAGAAGGAGCAGGUCGAUCCGGUUGCAGACAAUAUUGCUAAGAAUCCCUGGGACUUUUGCUCUUGGGUAGACCCAAACCAGCCUUCGAGCGAUCAACAGAGUGGACAUAAAAGCUCGUCAGUCUCGACCAAAAGUACCGAGGGGCAGCCUUUGGGUAGAUGGGCGACGUUGCGUCGUACAGGGAGUUUGUUGACCAAGGGCCGCAGCGUGUCGGCGAUUACGCGCGGACUUGAAUCCAAUUUGACUGCGAGGAUGACCAGUCCAGCCGGGCGAUACCCUGUGGCACGAAGAAAGGAGGGCCGCGUCCUCAAGUUCAAGGUCCUCGACCGUAAAAAUAGGGCUAAUAGUGCCGAUGAUGACGUGCCUAUUUUCUCCGCCGAAAACUUGCAUGGAACAGCCGGCUCAGAUGGUUUUCAGAACCAGGGGCAGGAACACGACCAACAGACUGUUCAGACAGGCACUCACAGGACGAAAAGGGAGCGGCAUAAUUCUUCAGACAAGACCGGUUCGGAGUCGAUCACAGAUGAUUAG